UUAAAAAAGAUUCAGAAAAGUGUCGGAAAGUUGUCUGAAAGCUUCGCCAGCAGGUCCGAGCAGCACCGCCGCCACCACACCGACACACACAAGAUACCCAGGGAUUUGUUCUCGACUGUUCCGUGUGUCUCCUCCCGCCUCGGACUCAGAGCUGUAACCUGCUUCUCCAUUUUUAAAGCCCUGCUCAGCUCCACUGUAAAUAGACAGAACUACAGAGAUGACAACACAUUUCAGGAGCGGACCAGCCUUCGGUCUUUCUGCCGAGGUCAAGAGCAAGCUCGCAGGGAAGUACGACCCCCAGAAGGAAGAGGAGCUGAGAAUGUGGAUUCAGGAUGUGACGGGCAAAAGGAUCGGGGACAACUUCAUGGAGAGUCUGAAGGACGGCGUCCUGUUGUGCGAACUCAUUAAUGUGCUCCAGCCAGGUUCUGUGAGAAAGAUCAACAACUCCAGUCAAAACUGGCACCAGCUGGAAAACAUAGGGAAUUUUGUCCGUGCAAUCACAGAGUACGGCCUGAGGCCACAUGACAUCUUUGAGGCCAACGAUCUGUUUGAGAAUGUCAACCACACUCAGGUCCAGAGUACACUCAUCGCUCUGGCUGGAAUGGCCAAGUCCAAAGGUUUCCACUCCAAGUACGACAUAGGAGUGAAGUACGCCGAGAAACAGCAGCGCCGCUUCGCUCCAGAGAAGCUCAGGGAGGGACGGAACAUCAUCGGCCUGCAGAUGGGCACCAACAAGCUGGCCAGCCAAAAGGGCAUGACGUCUUAUGGCACGCGACGCCACCUGUACGAUUCCAAGAUGGCCAUGGACGCUCCAGUGGACCAGUCUACCAUCAGCCUACAGAUGGGCACCAACAAGGGAGCCAGCCAGGCUGGCAUGACAGCUCCAGGAACCAGGAGGCACAUCUUCGACAAGAAGCUGGAGCUGGAGAACUGUGACACCACCACCAUCUCUCUGCAGAUGGGCACCAACAAAGUGGCGUCCCAGCAGGGCAUGACCACCUACGGCCUGCCGCGCCAGGUCUACGACAACAAGUACUGCACCAACCCCACCGAGGCCUACUAUAACAACGGGAGUGAGGUGUUUGACGGCUACAACCAGUACUCUGACUGAAGAAAACCACAGACGGCCUCACCACCCUUCCUCCUCCUCCCUCCUUCCUCUUUGCUUAACUUCAGACAACCAACCACAGCUGUCUCUGUGACGAGCAAACCUUCCAGACUGUUAUUUAACACUGAUUGACGUCAUUGUCGUCUCCAUUCCCCAUCUUUUUUAAACAUACUUUUACUCUUAAGAAUUUAUUGUUUGUCUUUCCACGAGUAAAAGAAAGAGUUUACGCUGACCUUACGUCAAAGAUUUCAUGCAGUGGCCAACCUCUGUAUCUGUGAUGAAUUUUAUUAACGCUAAAAAUACCCAGACAACUCAGAUUUAUGACCUUUGCUAUUUAUAGAUUUUUUUUUUUGCUACCGCUUUUUAUACUUGCAUUGUAGUUAGAGAACUGUUCAUACCCCUCGCCUCACUGUCCACCUCCUCCCCGCUGUAUCCAGUUUGAACACUGACAAAGCAGAAUUUAAAGUUCCUCGAAACUCGAAAAGGAAACAAGUGACCGUGUUGGUGCUAUUGAACUUUGACCCAGUUGGAACAGAGUCCACGUCCACGUUGGGGCCCCGCAGGCUCCAGGAUUACCGCUCCUUGGGAAGGCGCUCCGGCUCCACAGACUGACCGGGGCCCGACGACGCAGGAGGACUCGCAGCUUUGUGUGGACAUUGCUUUGUUUUGUGAGCACGUGCGCUGUCAUGUUCACGAGCCUGCCAAAUUACCCAUCACGCCAUUUUACUGGGCUAAUUUCCGUGGCUUUGUGUGCAGCAUGACACUUUGGUUUUAUAAGGAAGUAUUUGGAAAAAGUAGAGGGGUCUGUCAGAUGUUUUUAUAACGUAAAAGAGCAAAUGUAGGUGUUGCGAUAGGAAGUUUGAAGUUAGGGGGAACCAGUUUUUGUCCCGUUGUUUCCUCCAUGCUUUGGGAAGCGUCCUGUACCUGCCUGAUGCCUCAGUGACCUUUGGCUUUAGUGCUGUUGCUCUGUUUGCACUUUACCCGGCUUCACCUUGUAAGCAGUCCGCAGCAGUGGGAUUUAAAGAAGUACAUUUGCUCAAAUUAGGGCUGCAACUAACGAUAACUUUCACAGUCACUUAAUCAGUCAGGUGUUUGGUCUUUAAAAUGUCAGAACAUGGUGAGAACUGUCGAUCAGUGUUUCCCAGAGUCCAAGAGGACGUCCUCAAACGUCUUAUUUCGUCCACAACCCGAAGAUAUUCAGCUUCCUGUCACAGACAAGUAAAGAAACCGCAAAAUAUUCACAUUUAAGAAGCUGGAAUCAGAGAAUUUUAGCUUUUGUUUUCUUAAAAAUAAGGUGAUUAAUUUGAUAGUUGACAACAAAUCUGUACUUAGGUAAAUUGGAGGUACUUUACUCGAGUAUUUCCAUUUGAUGCCACUUUAUACGUCUAUAAAGCACUGCAUUUCCGAUAGCUAUAUUGUUCCUGUUAUUCCACUACUGUAGUUAUUUGUCAGUUAAAGUUAAUUUAAAAAAUUAGAUUUUAAAUUUAGGUUAUAAAAUGAUGAAUAAUAUGAUCACACUCACUGGGGCCAUUUUCUUGCAUUUGGUAUUUUUACUUUUUAUACUUUAGGUACUUUUUAAUUCACACUUCAAAUGCAGGAAUAUUUUUACUUAGUGGUAUCGCUACUUUUACUCAGAAGUAUCAGAGUACGUCAUCCACCACUGUCAGCAGAUGUCAGAGUAGACCCAAGUGCCUGUAGCCCCUCGCUGAUAAUUGCUAAGUUAAUCAUGUUGACUCUUAUUUUGAAAUUCCUGCGUCAUACUGUUAAUCCACCGAAUAUCUUGAAUGUAUUAACAGACAGUUUGAGGGGAUUACUUUCAACAUUAGAAGACAGAAAUGUUUAUGUCCAAAGUUACAGAGCAGGCUCAGGCACCUGUGGUUGAGUGGCACACAUCGAAACCUCUGCAUUUCUUUGUGAAUUGUUCAGAUUUAUUGGCUUUUAAUUAGCUGUUAAAUAAGCUUCACGUGCUGAACGGGCCGACAGAUUGGAGCUCCUGAGCUGUUCAGUCUCAGCAACAGAAGGCAUCACAGCCAUGAUGUACGACAUGUAGCAGCGUGCCAUCUAGUGGGGAAACGGCACAUGUACACUUACUGUAUUUCCAUUUCAUAGUCUCAACAUUCCCUUUGUUUAAUCAAAAGUAGGAAUGCAGUUUUUAGCUCCCUGUGAGACCCAUGUUGCGUAAAUGUAUGAUAACAUUUCACCUUCAUGCGUUGGCUUUGUUUCAACAUUGUUCAAACUAAACAUCUUUGCUAACCUUGAUUUUUUUUUUUCUAUAUGCCUUU